CCAAUUUCUUACAAGUGACGUUCGACAUCUCUGGCAUUUUUUGUUGAAAUAAUUUGUAUUGUUGUGUAUAUAAUUAAUUUAAUUAGAAUCUAAAUUUAUUUUAGACUGUAAAAGAUCCAGUAACUCAAAUGAUGGAUUCUCCCACAAAAUCAAACGAUUGUUACUUUUACUACUAUUCCACAUGUAUCAAGGGGGAUAACUGUGUAUUUCGCCAUGAGCCUCUUGCUCUGGGCUGUGAGACUAUGUGCGCUGCCUGGCAACAGGGCAAGUGUAUGGACAGAAGAUGUAAAUUACGUCACAUGGAACUCAGGAAAAACCGUAAGCAAAUUCCGUGUUACUGGGAGAAUCAACCGAGUGGCUGCCGGAAAAAGUAUUGUCCGUUCCUCCACAAGAACAGACAUGCAAGCGACAUGAGGGCCGAUGAAGUCACCCCUGCUAAUACUGUCCCAAACACCACUGCUCAACCAGCGAGCAGCGUGCCGGACUCGACCACGGCGGAGCAGCCGGCGCUGAGCACGGUGGUGCCGACGCCGGUGCCCGCGCCCGCCCCGCCGGUGCUGCAGCCACAGCUGCUGUGGCAGCAGCAGAGGCAGCAAGUGGUCCUCGACACUGCGAUCUUGGGUGUGCUCCCCGGCACCAACGAUCUGAUGCCGCGGCGCAUGGUGGCUCACCCCCACCCACACGCGCACCUCCCGCACGCCAUGCCCCACCCACAUGAGCAAUACGCACCGCUGCCCGUCGACAAUAUCGUCGUCAACUUCGAAGAAGAGUCCGAUAAUGAGAGCGCUCCGUCAUUCACGCCGACGAAAUGUGCCGAUGUGCCGGAGCCGCGAAAGCCGGAGCCGGAGACGCGGCCGAAGUGCGAGGAGCUGGAGCUGCUGGAGAAAAUACAGGCGGAGACCGCCGCCUUCUACGACUACGCCGCCCCGCCCCCCAUACUCAAGCCGGACGAGAGCAAAGUCAUCAAACUCAAUCUGUCCACGAAAUACAACAAGUCACUAGACGAACUAGCCGGCAAGAAGUCCUACGCCAAAAAGUCGUUGGACUUCAAAGUGAUGUCCCUCGACGAAAUUAGAGCCACCAAGAAGCCGAUCAAAAUAUCCACGAAAAGCAAAAUCACCACUCAGACUACGUCCGGCAAGAAAAUAAUCAAAGUGGUCAAAAGUAACUCGGUUAUCUACAAAACGCUCACGGACGCUCCGCCCACUAAAACUAAUUCAGCACCGAACCUAGCUCUCAAAAUCGGUGACGCGAGUAGAAAGCGCACGAUCUCAGAAACUAGUGACUUGAGCGUGCAAGAAAAUGAGCUAAUCGACAACUGCCACGAUUUCAAGAAGAUAAAAAUGGACGUGCAAACGCCCAAACCCGUUCUGCAAUUGAAAACUAAAUCUAGAAAGGCCGAGGAAGAAACGUGUAACGAACGAGUCAGUUCCAGCGACGAUAUUCUCAAAUCUGACGAUGAGGUCGAAUUCGUCAAAGAAUCUACGGACGACAAUAUCGAAAUACUCGACGAUCUUUACAACGAUUUCAAAGAUACGAGUAAAGAGGAGGAAGUCAUAGAUUUGUGUGAGGACGAAGACGUAGUUAUCACAGUGACAGAUAUAGAAUUAGACGCGAAUAGUUCAAGUAAUAAUGAAAAUAGCGAACAAAAUGUCGAUUCGAAUACAGACGUUUUUGAUGUGGAAACGUAGGAAGCUAAAAACGAAAUUAUUUAGGAAAAACACUGUGAUAUAAAAGUAAAGUAACUUAAAAGUACAAAUCUAAACAGAACUCGUGGACAUGUAGCUAGAUGACUUUGCUACCACAAAUGAUUGAAUAAAAAAAAGUAUAAUAUUCUAUGAUUGUUUGGUACCAACUUAUUUUGAUUAACGACCAAACUAAAAAGAUGAGGAUGAAAGAAAAAUAUAUAUAAGAGAAUGCUGAAUGAGACAUCAGCAGCUUUAGGUUAGUAGCCGAAUUUCGCUCUGUUUUGCGACCGGACUUUAGUUAUUGAUGUGAAAAAGUGGUUGGUGAACAGUGCCUUUCUCUAAGCAAUACUGUAAACAGACAAUUUAUUUCUAAGGACAUUGUACCUACCUCGAGAGGUACGUUAUUUUUUUAAACCUUCCCCUGUAUUUCAUAGAUUUGUACCGCAAGAGGUACCUAUAUUAUGUUCUUGUUAUUAACACAAUAUUAUUUAUUUCUUUUCUACGCGUAAAUAGCUUAUU